AUGAUUGAUGGAAUGAUUUCAGGACCUGAAGAUCUGCAUUACCAAAUAAACGAUGAAUCUGGAGAAAGCAUCUCAACAAUUUCUACAGAUUUAAAAGAAUGUUUGAAAAAACAAUUAGAGUUCUGUUUCUCCCGAGAAAAUUUAUCAAAGGAUCUUUACUUGACAUCUCAAAUGGAUGGUAAUCAGUUCAUUCCAAUAUCGACAGUUGCCAACCUGGAGGAAAUAAAAAAACUGACCCCAGAUCAAGAUUUAAUUCUUGAAGUGUUGAGAUCGUCUCCUCUAGUACAAGUUGAUGAAAAGGGAGAGAAGGUGAGACCAAGUCAUAAGCGUUGUAUUGUAAUUCUCAGAGAAAUUCCUGAAACAACACCAGUAGAGGAAGUUAAAGCUUUGUUUAAAAAUGGAAACUGCCCCAAAGUGAUAAGCUGUGAAUUCGCACAAAACAGCACUUGGUAUAUCACUUUCCAGUCAGACACAGAUGCACAACAGGCUUUUCAAUAUUUAAGGGAAGAAGUUAAAACGUUUCAGGGCAAGCCAUUCAUGGCAAGAAUAAAAGCCACUGCUAUAUUUUUGGCUAAGAAUGAUUAUCCAUUAAUGGAUUUUAGUAUGUUUACUCAACCCAUUCAGAUGUCAACUCAAUAUCCCUCACCAGUCUUUAUGCAGCCAGUGUAUUACACUCAUCAGCAGUACUCAGGAUAUAGUACUGUGCCUCAGUCUUGGUUUCCAAGUCCUGCACCUUACUGUGUAACAGUACAUCCUUUUCACACUGGUAGUUUUGUGAAUGGCUUUACCUCACCAGGAUCGUAUGAAACAAAUGAUAUUGCUAUUAAUAUUUGCCCACCAUUCCAAAACAAUCCUUGGAAGCCUCAUUUUAGGUCAUCCUGUGGUUCAGAACACUCAAAAGAAGGAUCUGUAUCAUUGGGGGAUGGACCACUGAGCAGAUCUAGUUCAUCAACUGAAGCAAAGGCUUCAACACCAAAGUUUGACUUAGUAGCUACAAAUGUUCCUCCUUUUCCUGGAAGUUCAUCAAGAAUGCCAGAUGAACUUGUGUUGGAGAAUAGAAUGUCUGAUGUCAUUAAAGAUGUCAAGAAAGAAAAGGAUACUGAAGAAGUGAGUGUUAGUUUCCCAGUGCAUUCAGAGCAUGAACAGAAAGACUUUGCUUCUGUCCAGCAACUCAGUUUAAAUCCCAGUCCUUCUUGCACUGCUGAGCUUCCUGCAUUAAGCACAACUCAGCAAGAGGAGGAUCAAAGGGAGGAUUCCUCACCUCCAAAGGAUGUUAUCAACCAGAUGACUGUCCCAAUUUCCUCCCCAGCUACUGCAAAGCCAUCAAGGCCACACACUGCUUCACCUUGCUGUAGUAAGGUAAACACACCCACAGCUGUGAGUCUACAGGAACCUCGAAAGUUAACUUACACUGAAGUGUGUUGGAAGCAUCCUAAAAAAAACAGCUCAGUUCCUGUACAACCGCUAAGGGAAAUGCCUUCUAAUGUGGCAACUCCCAACAGAAAGGAAAAGAGAGUGCCCAAGAAGCCUGUUGAGAAAACACAAGAGAAACCUGAAAAAAGGGCUAGUAAGUAUCAUUCUGUCUUUCGAGGCAAUACCAUUCCCCAAGUAGCAGCUAGAAAAAUCAGGGAACAGAGACGCCAGUUUAGCCAUAGGGCUAAACCUCAGGGAGUGUCUCAAAGUAAAGGGAAAAAGCGGUUUGUCCCGCCCAGAUCACCAAAACAAAAGCAAAACAUAACAAAAACUACUCAGAAACUUGUCUCUUCCCACUAA